AUGCAGUGCUGGUUGCGUGUCGUGUUUUGUGUUCUUGUUGCUAGUGCAAGGCCACAAGUGAUAUUUACUUCGGGAUCGGUUUCGGUGACAGGAUUAGCCAAAGCCUUGACAGAAGUGUUGGUAAACUCGGAAAUGGGUCAUCGGAAAACCCUGUAUAUAUACACGCACAUUAGGAGCCCAUCGGCAUCGGUGGGUUACCACUUGGAGGAUCUACUCAGCCGGCUGUUGGUCAAUCUGCCGUCUACGGGUCAAGGCAGGCGACUCUUUCGCCAGACUCCGAUGGCAUAUAAACCCUAUGUGCACGCUGCCCUGGUCUUGGUGGAUGAUCUGCAGUCACUUAGUGAGAUCUACAGUCGCAUCCGAGCCACACAGGAUCUCUCGCAUACGCUGGUCUACAUGUCCUUGCCACAGGAGGUGGAGAGCGAGGAAGUGCAGCUUGCCCUACAGCUACUCUGGCGUCUCAGUGUCCUCAAUGUGGGCCUGGUGCUGCGUACACCUGGCAGCUCCAAUUCCAGCCAGCUCAUCAUGGUCAGCUACUAUCCCUUUAGUGCCGAUCAUGACUGCCAGGUGAUCAGGGCCACAGUGGUGAAUCGUUUUAACUGGGAGACAAAGGCUUGGGACAGUCUGGAUUACUUUCCCGAGAAGCUGGGCAACUUCCAUGGCUGUCGCCUGACCUGCGCCACCUGGGAGGAUAUGCCUUAUCUGGUCUGGCGACCCGAUUCUGGUGCCGGCAAAGGAUCUGCCUUCGUGGGCAUCGAGGGGGCCCUGCUGCAAUUUCUCUCCGACAACCUUAACUUCAGCGUUGGACUCUAUUGGAUGAGCAAGAAUGAGGUUCUGGCCACCUUCGAUGACUCUGGCAGCAUUUUCGAUGAGAUUUUUGGUAAGCAUGCUGACUUCUCGCUGGGUGGAUUUCACUUCAAGCCAAGUGCCGGCAGCGAGAUUCCCUACUCGCAGUCCACAUACUACUUUAUGAGCCACAUUAUGUUGGUGACGAACCUGCAGAGUGCUUACUCCGCCUACGAGAAGCUGGCCUUUCCCUUUGCUCCUCUCCUGUGGCGUGCCAUUGCCGUGGUGCUGAUCCUGGCCUGCCUGCUCCUGGCUGUGGUGGUGAGGCUCUGGCCCAAGCGGGAGCUGCCACCGCAUCCUUACUACCAGCUGCUGGUCCUGACCAUGGGCGGCAAUCUGCUGGAUCGCUUCCUGCCCCGGAGGCUGGCUGGACGAUUAGUUAUAUUCACCUGGCUGCUGUCCACCUUGGUCCUGCGCAGCGGCUAUCAGUCUGGUAUGUAUCAGCUGCUGCGCCAGGAUACGCAACGCAAUCCGCCACAGACUAUAGCCGAGGUGUUGGCCCAGCGUUUUACCAUCCAACUGGCGGAGGGAAAUGAGGCGAGGAUAUUGGCCAGCCUGCCGGAGCUGCAGCCAAGUCAGUUGCUCCAACUGGAGGGCAGUGAGUUGCAGUCCUUUCCCGCUCUGGCCAGGCAGAGUGGCACUGCCGCCCGAUUGGCUAUCCUGACGCCCUAUGAGUACUUUGGUUACUUCCGGAAAGUGCAUCCGAUGAGCCGGCGCUUGCACUUGGUUCGGGAACGUAUCUACACCCAACAGUUGGCCUUCUAUGUGCGUCGACACUCGCAUCUGGUUGGUGUCCUUAAUAAGCAGAUCCAGUAUGCUCAUGCUCACGGGUUCCUGGAGCACUGGAUGCGACAGUAUGUGAGUGCCGUGGAUGAGACGGACGAGAGUGUGGCCAGGAUAGCCAGCACUGCGUAUAGCACUCUGGAUGGCAUUGAUGGGGAUCCGAGGCUAUCGGAGGCUGAGGAGCAGCAGGUGGUCGCCGUUCGGCAGAAUGUCCUAUCCAUGAGGGAGCUGGCUGCUCUCUUCUGGCUUAUCCUUUGGGCCAAUAUCAUAGCGGUGCUGGUCUUUGUCCUGGAAUCGUUACUACCUAAGGAUUUUUAUGGAAAACUUCAAAGGUUUUUAAGGGAAAAGCUGGGAAAAUAA